GAGCAGCAGUGGACUCGGGACGACUCGCGAGUCGACUCGAGUUCACCGCGUCGACUCAACGGGCUUCUUAUUCCAGGCGAUGUGCGACGCGAGCCCUAGCUGCUGCCGCUGCCAACUUCGUCAGCCGAGCACUUCUACACCGCCUUUGCACGUCGCCACCUCCCUCUCCUGCAGUAUGAGUUUAUGGCCUUCUAUACAAUCCUAGGCAGGAAAGCCAGUUUGACAACCGUGGCUGGGGCAAAGGCCUGCAUAAACUUGGAACUUGAAAUAAUGCUGGGACCUUCUUAUAAAAUUAUAUUGAGUUUGCAGCUUAAAGUGUCAGCUUAAAAUUAUGCUCAAUCUUGACCUCUGCCGAAUGCCUGAAAGAAUCUGAUAUCUGAAUGGGUGGAGGUGUCGCCAUAUGGGCACUCCGAAGAGCUGCUGCUCAUUCCAUGAGGGGUCAGAGUCACGACAUUAUGUUAGCUCAUGUGUGCUGCAUGGAUUCUAAAUUAUCAAGAAAUAGCUUGGUUCAUGAAAAAGGGCAUUGUGACAAAGGUUCUAACAUUUCCAAGGGUUGCAUACUGUUGAAGCCAUACUCCAGUGGGUGUUCUUAUUCUGUAAUGUCUUUUCUAUGGUGUCGAAAGCUUUCAUCUGAUGUUGGAGCAAGACAGGGCCAGAAGGAUGAUGAUUUAGAGGAUGGGUUUUCUGACAAAGAAUUACCUCCAGAAGCUGAUGCAAUGGUAGAACUUGAGGAGAAUGAGAAUGAUGAGGAGUUGGUGUCUGAAGGAGAGAUCUCUGAAGAAGACACAAAGAUAACUGCUAAUGACUCACUUGGUUUGUUGGACUGUGUAUCAGAUUUUCCUAUGAAGAAGAGAAGACGGGUAAAGAGGGCUCAAUCUCCACUUUUCAAGAUCAUAAUGGGAGCUCCAUCAGACUCAUUUAACAGCACACUUGAUAAGUGGGUCAAAGACGGUAAUCGAUUGGGACGAGAUGAAAUUUCUUUUACAAUGCUGAAUCUUAGGAGAUACCGGCUUUAUAUGAAAGCUCUACAGUUUCUCAAGUGGCUCGAAGCAAACAAGUGUAUUGAAUUUCUUGAGCAUGACUAUGCUUCCCAUUUGGAUUUGAUUGCUAAAGUGCUCGGUCUUCAGAAGGCUGAAGAUUACUUAGAAAAAGUUCCAGAAUCCCUAAGAGGUGAGGUGAUAUAUAGAACUCUUCUAGCUAACUGUGUUGCCACCAACGACUUACAGAAAUCGGAAGCUGUUUUUAAUAAAAUUAAGGAUCUUGGUCUCCCCAUUACAACCUUUUCUUGCAACCAACUACUGCUGCUUUAUGAAAGGAUUGAUUUUAAGAAGAUUGCUAAUGUUCUCUCGUUGAUGGAAAGGGAGAAUGUGAAACCAUCUCCUUUCACAUACAGGCUAUUGAUAGACAUGAAAGGGCGUGCAAAGGAUGUACUAGGAAUGGAGAAGAUUAUAGACAUGAUGAAGGCCCAAGGGGUGGAGCCUAAUUUGGUGAUUCAAGCUAUGGUUGCAAAGUAUUACAUAUUUGCUGGCCUCAAGGAGAAGGCAGAAGCAAUCUUACGGGAGAUAGAAGGUGGUGACAUUGAGGAGAACCAUGAUGCUUGCAUGGCUCUUCUUCCUCUUUACGCAGCUCUUGGUAAAGCAGAUGAGGUGGGAAGAAUUUGGAAGAUUUGCAAAUCCGACCCACUUCUAGAUGAGUGUUUAUCUGCCAUAAAGGCCUGGGGCAUUGUUGGGCAGACAGAAAAUGCAGAGGAAGUCUUUGAGAAUAUGCUCAAGAGAUGGAAGACUGUCCCGUCAAAGUACUACAAUGAGUUGUUGAAGGCUUUUGUGAAUAAUAAGCUUCUAUCUAAGGGAGAGGAAUUUGCAAGGCGGAUGUCAGACAAUGGGUACUUUAUCGACCAGACAAAUUUGGAUGCACUUGUGAAGCUGUAUGUGGAUGUUGGGGAGGUGGAGAAAGCUGAUUCCAUAUUGUACAAAGCAUUCAAGUACAACAAUACUAGGCCCCUUUGUAGCUCGUAUGUGGUGGUGUUAGACAAGUACUCUGAAAGGGGAGAUAUCCAUAAUGCUGAGAAGAUCUUUCAGCAGAUGAGGCAGUUCGGAUAUGUUGACAGAUUGAAGCCGUAUCUAUCCUUACUCCAGACUUACAUAAAUGCAAAGUCUCCAGCAUAUGGAUUCAGGGAAAGGAUGAGGGCGGAUAAUGUAUUGUCUAACAAGGUUGUGGAAGCAAAACUAGCAGCGGCCGAUCCAUUCAGAAAUCCUCAGCUCUCAGGAUUGUUUGGUUGAGUUGGGAAUCUUUCUUUCAAGCAAGUUGGAUGGGAGCAGAUAAUGUAUUGUCUAACAAGGUUGCGGAAGCAAAACUAGCAUCCACCAAUCCAUUCAGGAGUGCUCAGGUCUCAGGAUUGCUUGAUUGAGUUGGGAAUCCUUCUUGCAAGCAAGUCGAAUGAAGCAACCAUACCAUAAUGUGCAGGCUCUGCCUGAGAAAUAGGUUCGGAAGUGGUCUGAGUCCUGGUAUUGGAGCAUGUCUUUCAUAACUACCUUGGCAGUGGAAGUAUCGAAGGUGCCAUGGUAGAGAUUCGAGCUCUAGUUUCAAAACGAGCUAUAGUGUCGUAGCCCAUCAUAUUUUUCGUUUUCUAUAUAUGUUAAAAAUAUGUACAUGUAAUGUAUUUGAUACCCUCAAUCAUAUCUUUAGUGUCAUCCUUGUUAAACUUA